CACAAUGUCGAUUGCUCCCUGCUGUCUCAAAGGUUUCGAGUGGGCCGGCACUUCCACAGGGCGGGUCGAGAAACUUGCCAACAACGCCGCGUACGUCGCUGGCGACAAUCCUGAUGCAGCCGUCUUGAUAGUCCACGAUCUCUUGGGCUGGACAUAUCCCAACGUGCGUCUCCUGGCGGACCACUAUGCAAAAGAGGCAGACGUCACAGUCUACGUGCCCGAUUUCUUCGGAGGCGAAGUGGUGGACUUCGAAGCCGUCGAUAACGAGCAGUGGGACAAAAUCGACCUACAAGGCAUGAUGCAGAGAAACAGUCGUCAGAUUCGUGAGCCCGAGAUCUUUGGAUGUGCCCGAGCACUUCGAUCACAGUACAAAACGCUCGGGGCGAUUGGCUUCUGCUGGGGAGGUUGGGCCGUUUUCCGCCUCGGAGCAAAAGAGCAUCAACCACCUUUGGUCGAUUGCAUCUCGGUAGGUCAUCCGAGCUUGUUGACGAAGGAGGAUAUCGGUGAUGUCGCGGUCCCCGUUCAGAUGCUUGCUCCGGAGAUCGACCCGGUCUACACGCCAGAGCUGAAGAUGCAUACCUUCGAGACGCUCCAAAAGGUCUCCGUGCCGUUCGACUACCAGCACUUCCCCGGCGUGGCGCAUGGUUGCCUCGUCCGUGGAGAUGCCAGAAAAGCGGGAGAACGGGAUGCCAUGGUCAGAGGGAAGAAUGCUGCGGUCGCUUGGUUCCGGCAAUUUUUGCACGAUGCAUAUGUGUGCUCGAAACAGCUGGAGCAACACAACAAUCACUAA